AGUCCCAGCUACUCGGGAGGCUGAGGUAGGAGAAUUGCUUGAACCCGGGAGGCCGAGGUUGCAGUGAGCUGAGAUUGUGCCACUGCAUGCCAGCCUGGGUGGCAGAGCAAGACUCAUCUCCAAAAAUAAAUAAGUACUGAAUUUAUAUAAGUUGAAGGCCUGAAUACUAAAAUUGGUUACUUGUACUAAGCAGUUUCCUGUGUUUGUUAAGUAGCUAACAUCUAUGUGGGGUUUUAUGGUUAAAGGAAUUUUAGAUGUUUUCCACUUAAUCAAGUCAGUUAUGUGUUUUUUUGAAUUCUAAUUUUUUUAGGCACAGGGUCUUGCUCUGUUGCAUAGGCUGGAGGGCAAUGGCAUGAUCAUAGCUCACUGCCGCCUUGAAAUCCUGGGCUUGAGGGUUCCUCCCACCUCAACCUCCCAAGUAUCUGGGACUACAGGUGCGUGCCACCAUGCCUAGCUAAUUUUUUUUUUUUUUUUUUGUAGAGACAGUCUUGCUAUGUUGCCCAAGUUAUUCUAGAACUCCUGGGCUCAAGUGAUCCUCCUGCCUUGGCCUCUCAAAGUGCUAGGAUUCCAGGCAUGAGCCCAUGUGCCCAGCCAAGUCAGUGAUCUUUUGAAGCAAUUUUUCUUCUUUUAUUGCUUAAACCUCUAAACAGGCUUGACAUUUUUUUUUUCUUUUCUCCUUCCCUCCCUUACAGAUUCUAGUACAGAAGUACUUUUAUGAAGAAAAUAUAAGCAGUGCCAGCAUCUAUAUAGUGUUCUUACUGAUUUGAUGAUGUCCUUAGGUUGUCUUUGAACUUGAAAAUCUCUAUACAUUAUUAUUGCAGAACCUAUAAACUAUGACUGUUCUGUAGUUCUCUUGCACUAUCUUUCCAGUGUUCUUUGAAGAACUAAGUUUCACUGUUUAUUUUAUAUAUUUCAAAUGAACUAGGAGUGAUUUAAAACUUACAUAGUUGCUGUUCAGAAAAUGUCAAAAAAAGAAGAGCUUGUGUAAGAUACAAUGUAGAUAAAUUUAAUUCUACUGAGGGGGUAAUAUCCUUUUAAGAUACAAUGUAGAUAAAUUUAAUUCUAUUGAGGGGGGUAAUAUCCUUUAAACCAAACUUGUCUAAAGUUUUCACCAAAUGUUAAACUGUGAGUAAUGUUUUAUUUUUAUUUAUCCAUUUAAUUUUUUUUUAUAUUGGAGGAAUCUUAAAAUUGUAUUAUCUUUUUCCACUUUUAUUAAAUCAUAUAGUAAAUGUGAACUGAAAAUUUAAACAGUAGAGGAAGACACAGAGUAAGAGUUGAAGAUUUUUUAUGUCCCUAGGUGUACAUUUUAAGUGUAUGUAAUCUUAUGCCUUUUUCUGUGCAUUUUCACACAUAUACAGAUGUAUCUAUGUAAUUUUGUUUUGCAUAAAUGAGAUCAUUAUAAAAAUAUUGUUUGAAACUUUCUUUUUAAAUUAAUAGUCCAUCAUAGAGUUUCAUGUUAAUACACAUAUAGUUAUCUUAUUCCUUUAAAUGGCUGUGAGUAUUCCCGUGUCAGGUAUCAGGACUUAAUUGCUUUCCAGUUUAUGGAAAUUUUGGUUGUAUCCAAAGUUCUGCUGUUACAAACAAUACUGAAGUGGACUCUUUGAUCUUGUUUCUGUAUUGUGGUAAGAUAUAUUCCAGAGGUAAAACUGCAAGACCAAAGGUAUGGGAAUCUGUUUCUGUAACUGACAUUUUAUUGUGUAUCAGCACCAUAUUUUAAACACGAGUGAUUUUGUAAUGGUAUAGGAUUUGAUAGGUCAAACAUCAGCUUUCAAGCCCUGUUCAUCUCUGUUCUUUCUGGAUAUCCCUCUCUGUUGACUACUUUAUCCAUAAAAGGGCCAGAUCAUGUAUCACCUCUUUCCUGAGGUGUUUAUAACACCUAGCACCUUGAAUAAUUUUAACCCCAAUAAUAGUUUAGUGAGUGCUUACUAUGUGCCAGCCACAAUUCUAAUUGAGUUAUGUGUAUUACACUGCUGUAUAUCAUUUAAUCUUCCCAGUUCUAAGAGGUACAUAGCAUCUACAUUUUGUAGUUGAAAAAAUCAAGGUAAAGACUAAGUAACUUGUUCAAGGUCACAGUAAGUGAUGGAAAUGGAAUAUAAUCGUGGGUAGUCUCACAUGAAAGUCUGCUUUCUUAACUCUCAAAUUGUACUGCCUUCUUACCAUCCUUUUAUGGCCUCCCUAGUAAUUGCUCAAGAAAUGUUUUGUAUGCAUUGUAGAGUUCACUAGCCAUUUCAUCUUGCUUCUAGGUCCUCUUUACAGAUCUGCAUGAAUACCAUCUUACUCAAAUUUAUGUGCAGUGACCUAUCCCCAAGUAGGAUAACCAGAGAGAAAUGAUGGAGUAAGGAGGGUUAUGGAAGACCUCCUUACUCCAAAACACUUUACCUGAAUGUAGCUAGUUAAUACUGCUCUGUUUUAUUUCAUCUUGUUUCCCUAACCCCUGUCUUGGGGAAAUUCAUGGAUUAAUCUUGAGAUGGAUUUCGUAGGUAGAAUAAAUGGGUAUGUUACUCUUCAAUAUUUCUGAAACAUCAAAUCAAAAUACAUACCUUGUAGAUUACCUCUUACAGUAAGUGCUCAAAAUGUGAAGUGGGAAGAAUGCUGUUUUAGACCCUCCUAUACCUCUUAAUUCAUGCUGUUAAGUAAGUGUGACAUGUAAAAAUUAAAUAUCUCAGUCUCUCAUAAAAGGGGCCUGGUAAUACUUUCUUUUGAGGGAGGUUAGGUGACCUAAUGUUUGUGAAAAUAUUUGUGACCUAUAAGGAUUUUCAUAAAUUAAUUGUUAAAACUGAAGUAUGAAUAAAAAUAGAGAGCCUUAUGAAAAUUCUAACUAUUAAGAUGGUUUUUUUUUUUUUAAUUUAGGAGAAUCCCUUAUUUUAAAUUUCUAAUUCUAUUAAAUUUGGUUAUCAUUGAAUUUAUAGAUUGCUAGUAAAUAUUUUCAGUUCUAAUUGUGCAUUUUGGUUAAUUGUUUUAGGUAGAGCUGAUAGUAGAUAGGUUAAGGGGUUGGCCCUUUUUUGGAUUAUAUUCUGAAUUUGUAAAGUUUUUAGAAUUUAUAUAGAAUAUGUUCUUAAAUUCCUUGAGAACUUAAAAAUUUGUAGUACUUUAUCAUACUGUUAAUAAAGAGGGAGAGAUAAGGGUUAUGGGAAAUGCACAUCCUUUUCUGACUCUUAAGUCCUUUUCUGGGAAUGUGAAAGCAAACCAUAUGCCUAUGGCGUCUCUGCUAUAGGCUUAGCAGAUAAUACUAGGGUUCUAGAUAAAAUGAAAAGUAUGAAGGCAAAGAUUUGAUUAUGCUGUUUUCUAAAUCUCAGGACCUUUAGAAUGUAUCUCUAACUCACUUUGUGGACUCCUUUCACUUGUACCUUUUCAUCCUUUUCUUGCUCUGCAUCCAGAUCCCCACCUCACAGUCCAAGAUCCUCUCUACCACUCAGUCCAGCUUUCUGGCUGCAACCUAAACUUCAGUACCUGGCUUCUCUUGGCCAGAUUGAAGGACUGUAAUAUGAUUUAAGUUGUGAAUGUGCCUUAGUAUGUGAGAUGUCUUUUCAUAUGAGGAGCUUCUUAACCUACUUUAGCUUAAUCACCAGAUCCUUUUGUCUUUUAUGCUAACACAUAAAACACACAGGCUUGGUAUUACAGCCUUUUGUCUUCUAUGCAUGAGUAGUUGUGUUUUGUACCCCAGGGAUCCCAGAAGAACAGCUUUGCUUGGCCAGGGUACCCAUUCAUUGGCUUAGGCAACCUAGAAUGUUAAGAUUCAUAUAUCUUAAUCACAUACUAAGGUCUUCCUGACCUCACUACCAUAAGCAGAAGAUUUUCUGAAAACUUUGAUCAGAGAGCAAGUAGGAAGAAGGGCCAGAUUCCAGUUUCAUUAAACCACAGGCAUAUGAAUACUUCACAAUUUCUGUGCUUGACAAAAAUUACGUUUAAUUCUGAAAUAACCCAAAUGCCUUUGUAUUUCUUUUCUUACACUAUUUCUCCAGGAAAAAGCAUGAUAUGGAAAGAGUUUGAAAUCAAGUUGGGCAACUUGCUUUUGAAUCCUGCUUUAAUACUGUGUGAUUUGGGGACAGUUACUACUUAACCUUGUUGUCUUCAUCUACCUUAGGGCUAAUGAUUUAUUUUUAACAGUGUUUUUCUAAAGAAUGGAGGUAAUCUACAUUAUUUAGCACCCUAUACUACCUUCUGUGUUGGGGGUAAUUUAUUAUUUAUUUUGACGUUUUACUGGAUUUAGUUCUUAUAUACUAUUUUGGAAUGAAGUUGUCAUUUUUUUUUUUCCCAAUCAGGAUCAAUUUUCUUUACCUUUUUUAGGUCAUGGACUUUAGUUAGAUUAUAAUGAAAAAUGUAGACCUAUUUUCCCCAACAUUUACUUAAAUACAUCAUACAACAUUUUGCCAAUUGUUUCAGGGAUAUAGAGUUUUUGAGGCAUAGGUGUUUGAGGUGUGAACCAUGCAAUAUGAACCUUAGCUCAAGAGUACUGGAUUUCAGGCUGGGUGUAGUGACUCACACCUGUAAUGACAGCCCUUUGGGAGGCCACGACAGGAGGAUUGCUUGAGGUUGGGAGUUUGAGACUCUUCUGGUCAACAUAGCAAUAACCAUCUCUACAAAAAUUUAAAAAUUAGGUGGGUGUGGUGGCACAUACUGGUAGUCCUAGCUACUUGGGAGGCUGAGGCAGUAGGAUUGCUUAAGCCCAGGAAUUUAAGGUUACAGUGGCAAUGAUGGAACCACUGCACUCCAGUCCAGGUGACAGAGUGAAACCCUGUCUGAAAAAGGAGCACUGGAUUUUGUUUUUUAUCCAUUGAGGAGUUAUUGACCAGCCUUUUCCCCUAUUCUGUCCCCAGUAAUCACAACAGUAGCUGCGGAAUUUUUCUUUGAAAGGUUUCUGUCAUAUAAGAGAGCUUUAAAAAGUAAUAAUUUGCUAGGAAAUUUUAAAUUAUGGUUGGGCGCGGUGGCUCACGCCUGUAAUCCCAGUACUUUGGGAGGCUGAGGCAAGAGGAUUGCAUGAGCUCAGGAGUUCGAAACCAGCCUGGGAAACAUAGUGAGACCCUGUCUCUAUUAAAAAAAAAAAAAAAAAAAAAGAAAGAAAAAAUUUUAAAUCAUUACGAACCUUCCCUUCUUCCUUUUCUUUCUGAAACUAUUGGAAUCCUGACUUAAAAAAAAACUAGUAAAGAGAUCAUUGGUUUUUAUAUCUGCCUUUUUUCCCUGAGAGUGGAAAGAUAAGAUGUACUAAAUAAAGUUUAUAGCUAUUUCCUUAUUGUAUGUUUAACAAAUUUUAAAGGUAUAACUCGAUUUAUUCAGGCUUAUUUUAGUUAUUGACUGAAAUUUUUUUAAAAUGGUGGAUUUAGUACAUUCCUUUAAUUUCUUUUCUUCUCAAUGUCCCACUGAUAUUGUUUAAAGAUUGAAUUAAGUCAUAAUUCUGAAAAGCGGGAACAGAUGUUAUUAUAUGAGUCAAACUACCCUUAAGAGGCACAAAAGGACCUCAUUAGCUCUAUAACUUUAAUGUGUACUUGGGUGUAUGUGGGGAGAGAGGUAAGAAACUACAACUUAGGUGCAUAGAUGGAUCUAAACUUGAAUAGUGUUAGUAGUAUGGCUGCAACCCUGUAACUGUCUCAACAUUUUUGGUCUGCGUUUCCUUCUGUAUCAGCUUUAUUUUCAGCCAAAGAUGACUGUCAGUCAAAGGAGAUGGGAAUGGGAUAUUCUAGCCAGACCUAGGUAGUGUGGCCAGUCCUGUGGUGGCUGGGAAGGCUCACCUGUACCCAAAGCACGUGAAUACAUUCCCCAUAAAAAAGAGGGAUGAUGUUAUUAGCAAAAGGGGUCAGGGAGAAAACAUGUUGAACAGUAAAAUUACAGUUCACAGUCCACUACAGGUACCAUCAGAGGACCAAGAAAUUUUGAAGAAGAUAGAAAGUUCAUGGAAUCGGAUUGACAACAAAAUCCCAGAGGAAACUGGAACCCAAGAUACCAGAGGUGGAGUCUUUCAUUUUGGAUCAGGAUGAUUUGGAAAAUCCAAUGCUGGAAACAGCUUCCAAGUUGCUCUUAUCAGGUACUGCUGAUGGUGCAGACCUCAGGACAGUAGAUCCAGAAACACAGGCUAGACUGGAAGCUUUACUAGAAGCUGCAGGAAUAGGAAAAUUGUCCACGGCUGAUGGUAAAGCCUUUGCAGAUCCUGAAGUACUCCGGAGGUUGACAUCGUCUGUUAGUUGUGCGUUGGAUGAAGCUGCUGCUGCACUUACCCGUAUGAGAGCUGAAAGCACAGCAAAUGCAGGGCAGUCGGACAACCGCAGUUUGGCAGAAGCCUGUUCAGAAGGAGAUGUAAAUGCUGUGCGAAAGUUACUCAUUGAAGGGCGAAGUGUAAAUGAACACACAGAGGAAGGGGAGAGCCUCCUUUGUUUAGCUUGUUCUGCUGGAUACUAUGAGCUUGCACAGGUUUUGUUGGCAAUGCAUGCAAAUGUGGAAGAUAGGGGAAUCAAAGGUGACAUUACACCUUUAAUGGCUGCUGCUAAUGGAGGACAUGUCAAAAUUGUGAAGUUGCUGCUAGCUCAUAAAGCAGAUGUUAAUGCACAGUCUUCAACAGGCAAUACAGCACUUACAUAUGCUUGUGCUGGAGGCUAUGUAGAUGUUGUAAAGGUGCUCUUGGAAUCCGGUGCUAGUAUUGAGGACCAUAAUGAAAAUGGUCAUACCCCUCUUAUGGAAGCUGGAAGUGCUGGACAUGUGGAAGUAGCCAGAUUGCUGCUAGAAAAUGGGGCUGGCAUUAAUACGCAUUCCAAUGAAUUUAAAGAGAGUGCCCUUACCUUAGCUUGUUACAAAGGACACUUAGAGAUGGUGCGAUUUCUUUUGGAAGCAGGCGCAGAUCAAGAGCAUAAAACAGAUGAAAUGCACACUGCUCUAAUGGAGGCUUGCAUGGAUGGCCAUGUUGAAGUAGCUAGGUUACUUCUUGACAGCGGUGCCCAAGUGAAUAUGCCUGCUGAUUCAUUUGAGUCACCAUUAACUUUGGCUGCAUGUGGUGGGCAUGUGGAACUUGCGGCUUUACUUAUUGAAAGAGGAGCUAGCCUGGAAGAGGUCAAUGAUGAAGGUUAUACACCAUUGAUGGAAGCAGCUCGAGAAGGACAUGAAGAAAUGGUGGCAUUACUUCUCGGUCAAGGAGCAAAUAUCAAUGCACAGACAGAAGAAACUCAAGAAACUGCCUUGACUCUGGCUUGCUGUGGAGGCUUUCUGGAAGUGGCAGACUUUCUAAUUAAGGCAGGAGCCGAUAUAGAACUAGGGUGUUCUACCCCUUUAAUGGAAGCUGCUCAAGAGGGUCAUUUGGAGUUAGUUAAAUACUUAUUAGCUGCAGGAGCUAAUGUUCAUGCAACAACAGCAACAGGGGAUACAGCACUAACAUAUGCCUGUGAAAAUGGUCAUACUGAUGUAGCAGAUGUCUUACUUCAGGCAGGCGCAGAUCUGGAACAUGAAUCUGAAGGUGGAAGAACUCCUUUAAUGAAAGCUGCAAGAGCUGGUCAUGUUUGUACUGUUCAGUUCUUAAUUAGUAAAGGAGCGAAUGUGAAUAGAACCACAGCUAAUAAUGACCAUACUGUACUGUCCCUGGCUUGUGCAGGGGGUCAUCUGGCAGUGGUGGAACUACUUUUGGCUCAUGGGGCAGAUCCUACUCACCGUUUGAAAGAUGGCUCAACUAUGUUGAUAGAAGCAGCAAAAGGUGGCCAUACAAGUGUUGUUUGCUAUCUCUUGGAUUAUCCUAAUAACUUGCUUUCAGCCCCUCCACCAGAUGUCACUCAGUUAACUCCCCCAUCCCACGAUUUAAAUAGGGCUCCUCGUGUACCAGUUCAAGCACUGCCCAUGGUUGUUCCACCUCAGGAGCCUGACAAACCACCUGCCAAUGUUGCCACCACUCUUCCUAUCAGGAAUAAAGCUGCUUCUAAACAAAAGUCCAGCAGCCAUUUGCCAGCAAACAGCCAGGAUGUACAGGGUUACAUCACCAAUCAGUCUCCAGAGAGCAUUGUAGAAGAGGCUCAGGGAAAGUUAACAGAACUGGAACAGAGGAUAAAAGAAGCCAUAGAAAAGAAUGCACAGCUGCAGUCCUUGGAACUGGCUCAUGCUGACCAACUUACUAAGGAGAAGAUCGAGGAGCUCAACAAAACAAGGGAGGAACAAAUUCAGAAGAAACAAAAGAUUUUGGAGGAACUACAGAAAGUAGAACGAGAGUUACAACUGAAAACUCAGCAGCAGCUAAAAAAGCAGUAUCUAGAGGUUAAAGCUCAAAGAAUUCAACUUCAGCAACAGCAGCAACAGUCUUGCCAACACCUGGGAUUACUAACUCCUGUUGGAGUUGGAGAGCAGCUUUCUGAGGGAGACUAUGCACGGUUACAGCAAGUGGAUCCUGUUUUACUUAAAGAUGAACCCCAGCAGACUGCUGCUCAGAUGGGUUUUGCACCAAUCCAGCCUCUGGCGAUGCCUCAAGCUUUGCCUCUGGCAGCAGGUCCCUUGCCUCCAGGGUCCAUCGCAAAUCUUACAGAACUGCAAGGAGUGAUAGUUGGACAGCCAGUACUGGGCCAAGCACAGUUGGCAGGGCUGGGGCAAGGAAUUCUGACAGAAACACAACAAGGGUUAAUGGUAGCCAGCCCUGCUCAGACCCUCAAUGACACGCUGGAUGACAUCAUGGCAGCAGUCAGUGGAAGAGCAUCUGCAAUGUCAAACACUCCUACCCACAGUAUUGCUGCAUCCAUUUCCCAACCUCAGACUCCAACUCCAAGUCCUAUCAUCUCUCCUUCAGCCAUGCUUCCUAUCUACCCUGCCAUUGAUAUUGAUGCACAGACUGAGAGUAAUCAUGACACGGCGCUAACACUUGCCUGUGCUGGUGGCCACGAGGAACUGGUACAAACACUUCUAGAGAGAGGAGCUAGUAUAGAGCACCGAGACAAGAAAGGUUUUACUCCACUCAUCUUGGCUGCCACAGCUGGUCAUGUUGGUGUUGUGGAAAUAUUGCUGGACAAUGGUGCAGACAUUGAAGCCCAGUCUGAAAGAACCAAGGACACACCACUCUCCUUGGCUUGUUCUGGAGGAAGACAGGAGGUGGUGGAGCUAUUGUUAGCUCGAGGGGCAAAUAAAGAGCACAGGAAUGUUUCUGAUUACACACCUCUAAGUCUGGCUGCUUCUGGUGGCUAUGUGAACAUCAUCAAAAUAUUACUAAAUGCAGGAGCUGAGAUUAACUCUAGAACUGGUAGCAAAUUGGGCAUCUCUCCUCUGAUGUUAGCAGCUAUGAAUGGGCAUACAGCUGCUGUUAAGCUCUUGUUAGACAUGGGCUCUGACAUAAAUGCUCAGAUAGAAACCAAUCGGAACACUGCCCUUACUUUAGCCUGCUUCCAAGGAAGAACUGAAGUGGUUAGUCUUCUGCUUGAUAGAAAAGCAAAUGUUGAACACAGAGCUAAGACUGGUCUCACACCACUAAUGGAAGCUGCCUCUGGUGGAUAUGCGGAGGUGGGCCGAGUUCUUUUGGAUAAAGGUGCUGAUGUUAAUGCCCCUCCAGUUCCCUCCUCAAGAGAUACAGCUUUAACCAUAGCAGCAGAUAAAGGGCAUUACAAAUUCUGUGAGCUUCUUAUUGGCAGGGGAGCUCAUAUUGAUGUACGUAACAAGAAGGGGAACACUCCAUUGUGGCUAGCAGCAAAUGGUGGACACCUCGAUGUGGUUCAGUUACUGGUGCAAGCAGGUGCAGAUGUGGAUGCAGCAGAUAACCGCAAGAUAACUCCUCUUAUGGCAGCAUUUAGAAAGGGUCAUGUGAAGGUGGUGCGCUACUUAGUCAAAGAAGUCAAUCAGUUUCCAUCAGAUUCUGAAUGUAUGAGAUACAUAGCAACCAUCACUGAUAAGGAGAUGCUGAAGAAGUGUCAUCUUUGUAUGGAGUCAAUAGUACAAGCCAAAGAUAGACAGGCUGCUGAAGCAAACAAAAACGCCAGCAUUUUGUUAGAGGAGUUAGACUUGGAAAAGUUAAGGGAAGAAAGUCGGAGGCUGGCUUUGGCUGCGAAAAGAGAAAAAAGAAAAGAGAAGAGAAGGAAGAAAAAGGAAGAACAAAGAAGAAAACUAGAAGAAAUUGAAGCCAAAAAUAAAGAGAACUUUGAACUCCAAGCUGCUCAAGAAAAAGAAAAGCUUAAAGUUGAAGAUGAGCCUGAAGUCUUGACAGAACCUCCAAGUGCCACAACCACUACUACUAUAGGUAUAUCUGCAACCUGGACAACUUUGGCAGGUUCUCAUGGUAAAAGAAAUAAUACCAUAACUACAACCAGUUCAAAGAGGAAAAACAGGAAAAAUAAAAUUACUCCAGAAAACGUUCAAAUUAUAUUUGAUGAUCCACUACCAAUUUCAUACAGUCAGCCAGAGAAGGUGAAUGGAGAGUCCAAGAGCAGCAGUACCAGCGAGAGUGGGGACAGUGAUAACAUGAGGAUUUCCAGCUGCAGCGAUGAAAGUAGUAACAGCAACAGCAGUCGUAAGAGUGACAAUCAUUCACCAGCUGUAGUCACUACCACUGUGAGCAGCAAAAAGCAGCCAUCAGUUCUUCUUACAUUUCCAAAGGAAGAGAGAAAAUCUGUUUCUGGCAAGGCUUCAAUAAAAUUGUCAGAAACUAUCAGUGAAGGGACCAGUAAUUCUCUAUCUACUUGUACAAAAUCUGGUCCAUCUCCCCUUUCCUCUCCAAAUGGGAAGUUAACAGUAGCAAGUCCUAAGCGUGGGCAAAAGAGGGAAGAAGGAUGGAAAGAAGUUGUAAGAAGGUCAAAGAAAGUAUCUGUUCCAUCAACUGUGAUAUCCAGAGUGAUUGGAAGAGGAGGCUGUAAUAUCAAUGCUAUUCGGGAGUUUACUGGUGCACACAUAGAUAUCGAUAAACAGAAAGACAAGACUGGAGACCGGAUAAUCACUAUAAGGGGUGGCACUGAAUCAACAAGACAAGCAACUCAAUUGAUUAAUGCUUUGAUCAAGGAUCCAGACAAAGAAAUUGAUGAACUUAUUCCAAAGAAUCGUUUGAAAAGCUCCUCAGCAAAUUCCAAAAUAGGGUCAUCAGCACCUGCCACCACUGCUGCUAACACUUCCUUAAUGGGAAUUAAAAUGACAACUGUAGCUCUGUCAUCAACAUCUCAAACUGCCACAGCACUCACUGUGCCUGCAAUUUCUUCUGCAUCCACUCACAAAACCAUUAAGAACCCAGUGAAUAAUGUGAGGCCUGGUUUUCCAGUUUCUCUUCCAUUAGCAUAUCCUCCUCCACAGUUUGCACAUGCUUUGCUUGCUGCUCAGACUUUCCAGCAGAUCCGUCCACCAAGGUUGCCCAUGACCCACUUUGGAGGUACUUUUCCACCAGCUCAAUCUACUUGGGGUCCUUUUCCUGUCAGGCCUUUGAGCCCUGCCAGAGCUACUAACUCGCCUAAGCCUCACAUGGUGCCUCGCCAUAGCAAUCAGAAUAGCAGUGGUUCUCAGGUGAAUUCAGCAGGUUCUUUAACUUCAAGCCCAACAACUACAACCAGUUCAUCAGCUUCAACGGUGCCUGGUACAUCUACAAAUGGCAGUCCAAGUUCACCUUCUGUCCGAAGGCAGCUUUUUGUCACAGUUGUGAAGACAUCCAAUGCCACCACAACAACAGUCACAACCACAGCAAGCAACAACAACACUGCACCCACAAAUGCCACAUAUCCUAUGCCUACUGCCAAAGAACACUAUCCAGUAUCAUCCCCAUCUUCCCCAUCACCACCAGCCCAGCCAGGAGGGGUUUCUAGAAACAGCCCUUUGGAUUGUGGAUCAGCAUCUCCAAAUAAAGUGGCAUCUUCCUCCGAACAGGAAGCAGGUAGUCCACCAGUAGUAGAAACAACAAACACUAGACCUCCAAACAGCAGCAGUUCUUCUGGGAGUUCAUCAGCUCAUUCUAAUCAGCAGCAACCUCCGGGAUCUGUUUCUCAGGAACCAAGACCACCUCUUCAGCAGUCUCAGGUUCCUCCCCCGGAAGUUAGAAUGACUGUUCCUCCUUUAGCAACAAGUUCUGCUCCAGUGGCGGUGCCUUCUACUGCCCCAGUGACUUACCCUAUGCCUCAGACACCAAUGGGAUGCCCCCAGCCUACUCCUAAAAUGGAAACCCCUGCUAUUAGACCACCCCCUCAUGGCACAACUGCCCCUCACAAGAAUUCAGCUUCAGUGCAAAAUUCAUCUGUUGCAGUCCUCAGUGUCAAUCACAUUAAAAGACCUCACAGUGUUCCCUCUUCUGUCCAGCUACCUUCGACCUUAAGUACACAAAGUGCUUGUCAGAAUUCAGUACAUCCAGCAAAUAAGCCUAUUGCUCCCAAUUUCAGUGCCCCCUUACCAUUUGGGCCCUUUAGCACAUUGUUUGAAAACAGCCCUACUUCUGCUCAUGCCUUCUGGGGAGGAUCUGUUGUUUCAUCUCAGUCAACACCAGAAUCUAUGCUAUCAGGAAAAUCCUCAUAUUUGCCAAAUUCAGAUCCUUUACAUCAGUCUGAUACUUCCAAAGCUCCAGGUUUUAGACCACCAUUACAGAGACCUGCUCCAAGUCCCUCAGGUAUUGUCAAUAUGGACUCGCCAUAUGGUUCUGUAACACCUUCUUCAACACAUUUGGGAAACUUUGCUUCAAACCUUUCAGGAGGUCAGAUGUAUGGACCUGGGGCACCCCUUGGAGGAGCACCCGCAGCUGCUAACUUUAACAGACAACAUUUUUCCCCGCUUAGUUUGUUGACUCCGUGUUCAUCAGCAUCAAAUGAUUCUUCUGCACAGUCAGUAUCCUCGGGAGUUCGUGCACCAUCUCCUGCCCCAUCAUCAGUACCGUUAGGUUCAGAAAAGCCCAGCAAUGUGUCUCAGGACAGGAAAGUUCCAGUCCCUAUUGGGACUGAACGUUCUGCACGUAUCAGGCAAACUGGAACGUCAGCUCCAUCUGUUAUUGGGAGCAAUUUGUCUACAUCAGUAGGGCAUAGUGGCAUCUGGUCCUUUGAAGGGAUUGGUGGCAAUCAAGACAAAGUAGACUGGUGUAACCCUGGGAUGGGAAAUCCUAUGAUCCACAGACCGAUGUCUGACCCAGGAGUAUUUUCACAACAUCAAGCAAUGGAGCGAGAUAGUACAGGAAUUGUAACUCCUUCUGGUACAUUCCAUCAGCAUGUUCCUGCAGGCUACAUGGACUUUCCUAAAGUUGGGGGUAUGCCUUUUUCUGUGUAUGGGAAUGCAAUGAUUCCUCCAGUAGCACCUAUCCCUGAUGGUGCUGGAGGACCCAUAUUUAAUGGCCCUCAUGCUGCAGACCCUUCUUGGAGCUCACUGAUAAAGAUGGUUUCCAGCUCCACGGAAAAUAAUGGCCCUCAAACGGUGUGGACUGGACCCUGGGCACCUCACAUGAACAGUGUGCAUAUGAACCAGCUUGGCUGAUGAGGAUCAGCUUGUUAGCCUGCAGAUUCCUUUUCAUUUGGAGGAAAUCACAAGUGGCCGAAAAAAAAAAAAAAUUAUGCUCCCAAAUCAUUCUACUGAUGUGCUUGACUGAAGUGUGUAGGCUUUUUGCAGAAGAUCUUACUAACUGACCUAUUUUCUGUGAACAUCUGUGACUGCCCAUUCCCCAUCAUCAUCCGUUUUACCUUAGUUAGCAUUUUUCUUAUCAUUUUUCUUUUUUUCUUUCCCUCUUCCCCUUUGGACAUAACUUUCUGUUGAAGCUGUUCUUUGGCUGGUUGGUUUUAGUACUGUAAACUGCUUCUGAGCAAACACGGAAAUUUAGCAAAAUUAUGUAAACUUGAUCCUGAAGUUUUAGAAUGGCAAAUAAAUGUACAAUUGUUUACAUAACAGAAAAGGCUAAGCAGAAAGUAAAUUUCAAUAUGUCAGUAUAGAGGCUCUACUUUAUGUAGACUUAAAUUAAUGUGAGAUAUGUACCUUCAUAUUCAGAAAUCUGGAUGUUUCCUUCAUACAUUAAACUAUUAAUAAGCAUAACUUUUCUACUGGUGUAAUUUAAAUAUAAAGUAAAAUAAUGGGCAUUAUCAUUGGCUGUUUCCCCACAUUGGCUUUUAAAAUACUCAUCUUGCUUUCUUUUUGGUUUAUUUGUAGCAAGGCACAUAUAGAAGAAGAAAUUUCUGGCUUUUCCAUGUUGUUUUAUUACCUUUUCUCACUUUUAAAACUAAUACACACUUAUCUCCUCACUCUUUUUUCUCUCCUUACCUUUACCACUAAUACCAGUAAAAUUAUCUUUCUGAUAGUGAAAAGGUUCUGUCAAGGUUUUCACUGUAAUGGCUGCUACAGAGAUGGACCAUCUUCAUCAUCACCAGUGGUUUCUUCUAAUUAUAAAAUGUUUAAACUUUCUGAGAAUUUAAAAAGCCACCACUGUUCCCAGUCAGCAUAUACAAGCUCUUAAUAUUCUGUUUAUUAAACAAUUCAGUGUACUAUUUUAUAUUGGAUGAUAUUGAUUCUUAACAUUGGCUUUUCAGUCAUCAACAGUCAACAUAAAAAUUUCAAUUUACAGUAAUUUAGUGGAAAAUAUCUUAUUUCUUUUUUCAAUUUUAAAGGCUUCCUGCUUUUUUACCCUUGUAUAUUAUCAGUGAAAAGGAUCGACAGUUAAUUUGAGCCAAGUAAUAAAAGAAAUUUUGCAUUUGUCACGACAAUUUAUGGUAGACAGAUAAAUACACAGAUUACAGUAUAAAGUCUCCAUUUAACCUGUUUAUAAAAGAUACAGGGCCACAGUAACUACUCAGUGGGAUUUAUAUAUUCCAUCCACUUGAAACAAUAAACAGUAAUGUAUCCAAGAAGAUUAUGUGUCCUACCCUAUCUCAUGGAAAAAUUAAUUAUAUGGUUGAAAUGUAAAAGAAAGUAAGCAUAAAAAUCAAGUAAUGUAUAUAUCAAUUUGUCUUUUUUUUUAAUUAGACAUAAAAUUUCACACUGGUAAAACAUAAACACUAACUAAAAUUCAUAUAAAUCACCCAGAAUUUAUGAUAUUAACAUGGUUCCUUGGUUGUCAAGUAAAUCAAAUGAUUUCUUCAGUCUGAGUAAAGAGUAAAGCCUGAGUAAAGAGUAAAAAGAUGACUUCUCAAACAUAUCCAGAAAUUUGUAAACAGUACACUCAUAUCUUUUAGUUUAGGAAGUGGUCUUAAAAUAUAUAAAUUUGUUGUUUUCCACCUAUGUUUAAUAUGCCCAAAUUUUAAAGGGAGAGCUAAAAGACAGCCUACAAAUAAAUAUAGCUAUGAAAUAAAAUUAUAGCACUUUACUAAAAAAGGGAUGUAAUAAUGUUAUUUAACAAAGUAUUUUAUAUAUGACUUGCCACUAUUCUAUACAUAACAUUUUUUUUCUUAAUUCUUUCCUGUGUUAACUAGGUUUAUUUUCUAUUUAAGGUAAUCCUGCUGGAGAACAGAUGCUAUCCAAUAUUUAUUACAACACAUGAGUUGUGUUGUUUCACAAUACUGAAUUUCUUAGGUGAGGUAUUUUAUUUAAAAAGGAGGGGGAAACUCCUAUAUUUUCUUGACUUCAAAACUGUGGGGCCAGGGGAUAUAGAUUGAAAUGCUCCGUAUUUAGUUUUGGGGAUCAGGCUUGUUUAGUACAAUACCAUGGUUUUAGAAGUCUGUACUAGGAACAUUUUUCAAAUACAUUUUUUAUAUUUCAGAUGUAAUGCAGUGCACUUUUAUUUGAACAAUAAAAAAAUAUAAUUUUUUGAGACCA